AUUUUAAAUUUCUCAAUGUACGAAGUGGGUGCAAUAAAAAUGAAGGGGAUCCACCUAUGCCACAUCUUAGCAUACGUAUCAGCAGCUUUAGGUAGCACUGUACUAAUAUCGGACAGUAGCAUGUCAAGAAUGAUCGAGCUGACAACGCAGCAACCCUAUUGCCACGUUCACACAGACAGAGGAACUAUUCGUACGAUGUUGUUGGCAUCGGAUGCGGCCAGGGUGCGUCAAAUGUCAGACGACGCCAUAGAAAAGUUGGAGGAGGUGUGCGCUGACAAGGUGAAGCUGAUUCAGCAACAAGGGGGGUUCAUCUAUCCCGGUACUAAAUGGUGUGGACCAGGCGAUAGGGCAGCAAACUACUCCGACUUAGGUUACCACAAGAAGGAAGAUAUGUGCUGCAGGGACCACGACAACUGUCCCAAGUACCUUAUGAAGGGAGAGUGCAGGGAAGGCAUUUGCAAUAAUUCCCCAUACACCAGAUCACAUUGCGACUGUGACGCGUCUUUCCGGAAAUGUUUACAAACAGUGAACAGUGAAACCGCCAACACCAUCGGUGCGAUUUUCUUCAACAUUAUCCAAGUGAUUUGCUUUAAGGAGCGGAGCCCCUGCUCCGAAUGGCAAAAAAAUGGCUAUAGCAAAGCAGAAUCGGACGAAAUAUGCCAUAGAUGGAGUUUCCGGCCGUCAGAAAAGUAUUUCCCAUUGAUGCCAGUUACAACUAACUAACGGUUACAGUUGCACUGUUUCAUAGAGAUGAAAACAGUCCAGAGGCACCUCAACGUCCAUAAAACCAAGAAGAAGUUCACCAAGGGUAGCGCGGGCAGGCUGUAGUCGAGGACCCACAAAUCCAGUACAAGUCAACCUAGUUGUGAUAUAUCUAGUGCAAAGACGCAUAGAGGAUAGACUAGAAAAUACAUACAGUAGCAUAUUUUUCCUUAAAAUGUAUAAACAAAUACAUCGAUUAAAUAA